UGUCAUUUUCGCCAACUAUGACAAUCGGACUAUCAAACACGCUCCGCCAUUUAAUUUUAGAUAAGUCGGUCGUGUUGCUAACAAGGACCAACUAAUUACUUUCGCGAUCCUCGUUAAAAGCAUCUCAUCCCGAAAAUGAGUCAUCAGAUGAAUCGAUUGAUCACCACCAACUUCAGGAAAUGGUGCUAUAACCUCAGCGGAUUUAACCAAUUGGGAUUAUGGAGGGAUGAUUGUCUGUAUGAGAGCGAGGAUGUAAUAGAAGCACUAAAGCGUCUUCCUCAACAUAUCCAAGAUGAACGUAACUUUCGUAUAGUGAGAGCCUUGCAAUUGGAUGCCAACAAGAGACUUUUACCUAAGGAGCAGUGGACUAAAUUUGAAGAAGAUGUAUUGUAUCUCCAACCAUACAUCGAGGAAGUUAGGAAAGAGCGCGUAGAGAAAGAAAUAUGGGACUCUUCGUAAGACAUAAUGUGGUACAACAGUUGUUAUAGUAAAUGUAACAAAAAUUUACUUACAUUCUCUAAUGCAUACUUUGUGUGAUGAAGAGCUCUGGUCUGUACAUAUAUAUUUAAGAUAAAUAGAUAUUAAAUAAAUUA